AUGUCGGCCAAAACAUGGAAGGAUCAGCCAGCAGCGCCGAUCAAGUCUGCCAUCGUGGUCGGUGCAGGGCCCUCAGGCCUCGUCCUCGGCAUCCUCCUCGCCAAAGCUGGCAUCCCAGUGACCAUGCUCGAAGCUUCACACAAGCUCGACGAGAACCCUCGAGCCGCCCAUUACGCCCCCUCUGCCUGCUACGACCUCAAUCGUGCCGGCGUACUCGACGACCUGCGUGAGCAAGGCUUCCACCCGGACAGCGUCUGCUGGCGCAAACCCGACACGACCCUCAUCGGCGGUAUCCGCAAUCGUGGAGUUGAGGUAGACUAUCCCAUGGUCUGCCUCCCACUCGAUCGCCUUGACAGACUACUGCUCGAGCACUUCAAUCGCCUCUCCAACACGGAGAUCCUCUUCGAGCACAAAGUCGUCGACAUCAAGCAGGACGACAGCUCCGCUUCAGUCGAAGUCGAGCUCAAGGACGGCUCGAAGAAAUGGCUGUCGGCGGACUACAUCAUCGGAGCUGACGGCGCCAACUCGCAGAUCCGGCGAUCACUGCAUGGAGACCUGAACUACCCUGGCGAGACGCUCCAGCAUCAGAUCAUCGCGACGAAUGUAUAUUACGACUUCCACAAGUUUGGCUACUGGGACAGCAACUUUAUCAUCGACCCAGAGAACUGGUAUAUGGCGGCGAAGAUCACCAAGGACGGGCUCUGGCGUGUUACUUACGGUGACAAGUGGGGGCUUAGCACAGAAGAAUAUCUCCAGCGGCAGCCAGAGCGAUAUGAGAAGAUCUUGCCGGGAAAUCCCAAGCCUGGUGACUACAAGCUUGUCAGUGCGAGUCCGUACAAGCUGCACCAACGGUGCGCGGAUACGAUGCGGGAGGGCAGGUUCUUGCUCGUGGCUGAUGCUGGCCAUCUUUGCAACCCCUUCGGUGGAAUGGGUCUAACAGGCGGCUUCGCGGACGUCGGCUCCCUCUACGACGCGCUGUAUGCCAUCCACAACCAAACAGUCAAAGACACAUCCAUCCUCACAGAGUACUCGCGCGUACGCAUCCAGAAGUGGAAGACAGUCAUCGAUCCGAUGUCCCGCAAGAACUUUGACUUGAUCUGGAACCCGGAGAGUGAGAAGGACAGGGAGGAGUUCUUCAAGUUGUGUAAGCGGGCUGAGGAUGAUCAGGAGUUGGCGAAGAUGAUGGCGCAUUCAACGCAUGGUCUCAGAGAGAACUUCGAGGGUUUCAUCAGCCAGGCAUACCUGGGACCUGGCCCAGAUAGUGCAGUGGAGGCGAAGUUGGGACCUGCGACGAAGGUUGGUGCGUACAAUACCACGAUGUUGGUGAAUGAGACUGCGGCGUGA